AUGCGAGACUGUAAUCAUAGAUCUGUGUUAUUGAACAGGUCGAAUAUUACUAUAACAUCUGCCAUUUACGACCGAAGGGCGUUGGAUUGUAACUCUGAAAUUCCAUUAAUUAAUUCCCUGAACCAUUUGACAUACUUGACGUCUAAUUCUGCAAAGGUAAGGGAAACAGUAGCGAACGAUGGAGCGUUGGUGCGAUUAGUUUCGAUUUUGAAUGAAUGCUACAUUUCUCCCCAAAAAUUGCAAGACCUUGAGGCAAAAGGCGGUACUUCGGUUAUGGAAAAAGUUAAACGUGAAAGAGAAUUAGCCAUGAUUGCAUGGAAAUGGACGCUUGCAUUCCAAUGCUUGAUUUUAACGGGGACCCGUGGAACUGAGAAAAUCCGGAAGCAAGUCGUUGCGUCGGGUGUUGUCCCAAUUUUGGCAACAGUUCUUGAUAAUUACUUGCUUUACCAGAAAAAUUACGAUUUCUUCAAGAAUGCACCUAUUGAGUUUGAUUUUGCUACUUCCGCUGCUGCGGGCAGUUCGGCAUCAUCCACUGGCACGAGAGAUCCACGAAAUGUUUCUUUGGCAAUGACUAGCAGAUCGCCCACAAAUAUUCUAGAAAAAGCAUACCAUUUAACCAAACCAAACGCGACGAGUCUGGAAAUGACUUUUGAAGAUAUUUGGGAUACCGUGUUACCUGAAAAGUCAGUUUCGUCUGCUCAUGACUCAAAAGAUAUCGUGGUGUCGAUUCCGCGACAGUUUGUGCAAGGUAAAAUGAUCCCUAAAUCUGACGAUGUCAUAUGGUCACUCCAGCUGCUCGCAUUCAUUUCCAAAUAUACACACAUGAAGAGCAAUCUACAAAAAGUUCAUUUGGUCGAGUCUCUUUCAUUAAGAGGUUUGCUAGAUAGGGCCAGACAAGAUCAAUCGGCAAAUUUGGACAUGUCACCGUUAAGAAUAAGUGGAGACGAAACACAUGAGUGUUUAGAGGACGUAAACACACAGAGCGUGAACACGCAGGACGUGAAUGCGCCGGAUGCAAACGCCCAGAAAGUGGAUCCACGGUACAGCGGUUUGGUGGCCGGAGAUUCAUUCACGCUGGAACUGUUACACUUUUGCAAUGAGGUUAGAACUACAACGCAGAAUAAGAAAACGGCUGAAAUGUCUAAAGAUGAUGAGGACUGUACACCACGUAUCGUUGACGCGAGAAAUUUGAAACGAUCGUUCCAGGAAUUUUGGAACUACAACACAAUUUCGAAAACACUAGAUUCCGCCACUUGGAACCGAAUUUUAAGCAGACGAUACCUAAACCUGUUUCCUCUUGUAGAGCGUUUCACGGUUAAGAAAGAAAGCGAAAGAGAUAUGACUUAUUGGAGCUCGGUAAUAAUGAGAAACUCUUGUCGUAAAAAUGAAGCAACAGGAGUUCGACAGUGCGCCAAUUUUGCAUGCGGCAAAUGGGAAGACUAUCCAAAAAGGUUCGCAAAAUGCAGGAGAUGUAAGAGGACCAAGUAUUGCUCAAGGGAGUGCCAACUACAAUCUUGGAAUUAUCACAGGUAUUGGUGCCAAGAAGUCGGCUCGUCGUCCGUCGGUGCCUCUUCAAAUGGCAGCGGGACAGACACCCCCAAUGAAGGAAGUAAUUCUGCCUCACUAGCAGAUCCAAGUAACGUCGGGCGUUCGGUAACUGAAAAUGAUCGCUCAACACUAGGAGCCUCUGCUGGAAAUCUCAACUAA